UGUGUGCAUGUGUGCAUGUGUGCAUGUGUGUAUGUGCAAGAGUGUGGGGGUGUGUGAGGGAGUGUGUAUAACAAGUGUGUGUGUGUAUAUGUGUGUGCUCACUCUUGCACUCUUCCCUUCCUGGAGGAGAGGCUCUCCUCUUCAGCGAUCGGCAAGUUCUGCAGAGCGAGGAUGCCUGAUAGAGUAGCAGCACACAGCACAGAGCACUGAGAGCAGCCAUGCUGUUUGUGAUGGUAUCAUCCCAUUAUCACUGGCACCGGAUGACUUUAGUAGCUUACAUUUCACUCAUGAGUAAAUAUUGAUAGAUCUGAUUGUACAGGAAACACAAGAGCCUUGUGUAAAUAUUUGGCUCAGUAGUGCCAACAUCUGCAAAUGCACAGUUCUGAACAGUCACAGAACUAGAGAACCAGGCAAAUGGAGCGAAAAAACAGUAAUGUACUUUCUCGUUAUUUCAAACCUUUCUUUUUAAUCGAACUCAAAAGACAAACACUCCUUAAAAGCCUUUUCGUGUUUUAGAGUGAAAAACAAGGUCCCCGUCUACAACCACAGUCAGGUCUACCCUGCUCUGUGGUCCCCGCUCUGUCCUCAAGCCCACCCACCCCACCUCCUGCCAGCCUCCCUCACGCUAUAGUGUCCCUGUCAGAAUUACAUUCCUUCCCAGCUCCACAUUACGUACAUAGGGAGAGCACAGAAUGAUACACUUAUGCAACACUUAGCAUAUUAACCUUCUGUUUGAAUUAUCCUUGGAGGGGGAGAUUGGGAUUGUAGAGUGUGGGAGGGGAGGGGAGGCUGCCAGUGUGAUGGCCUGCUGAGUUAUAGAAUGCCGUAGUAGUGAUUUCCUAAACUCCCACUGUGUCACAAUGCAUCAUGGGAGAUGAGCCAUGUUCAACUGAAGGCACAUUUGUUGUGUUACAUAUGACAACGUCAUUAGCGUGUCAUGCCAGCUUGUUACAGUGGGCCACCGGCCAUGUUCCCAUUUGAUGAUCUCGCAAACAUCCACCAGCUUUCAACAAAACAUGUUCUCCAACAGCACUCCAUCAACGAGCAGCUCAAAUGCACUAUUAUAUUUUCAAGAAAAUACGCAAGCAUAAAUGUGGGUGAAUUCUAUCCUAGUACAGCUAAGGACAUUAGAUGUAAUGUAAUUGAUAACUGUCUUUGUGGUAGGUACACAUGAGAGACAUGACAGCAGUGUCCUUGGCUUACACUAUACCACUCCACUGUCAGUGAAGAGGGCUUUAUAUCUAAAGCUUGAGUGGUUACUUUCCCUACAAGCCAGAAAAAUUCAUGCUCCUUCAUUAGCAUUGGAAUGGGGAUGGGGUUAUAGUGGGCAGACUGUAGCAUAGUGGGUAGACUUUUAGUGUGUUUUCUUCCCUCUAAUGCUCUGAAAGCCUGUGGGCUCUGGCGAGGCCGGCUGUGUGCUCGUAAGUAAAAGGGCACAGAGAAUGAAAAAGCCUUAAUUGACCAGAUAUCCUUCAUUACACACAGGCUUACAAACCCAAUGCACUCUGUUCCCCUAAGACAAGUUCUAAAGCACAAAGGCCAGUGACAGACAGAAAGCCAGUCUGGAAGAUGGAAAAUGUUUUUUAGACAGAUAGAUUUGAGUUUAUUCACUUGUAUUUUGAUUUCUGGGAACGUACUGCAUCUGAUGAUGGCUUAGUCACUUCGGGGUACACAUUGAUGGAUAAUAAGCUGUUCAUAGAUUAAAGGAGCCGUACGUGACUGUAUCAAUGGUAUGAACAGUACAGUAGAUGUUAAGUGUGCUGCAGAUUUAGAAACAUGUUAUAUAUACUUCUUGUCUAUGCAGGGCCAUCUUGAAUUUGUCAAAGCUGUCACUUUUCUGGACCUGACAAUGUUUCGUAAGAAGAAAAAGAAGAGGCCAGAGAUCUCGGCACCAAAGAACUUUGAGCACCGGGUGCACACCUCUUUUGAUGCUAAACGAGGCUGCUUCGUGGGCCUGCCAACCCAAUGGCACAGUUUGAUAGAGAACCUCCGCAGGCCCAAGCCUAUGGUGGACCCCUCCCGGAUCACCCCAGUUGAGCUCAAUCCAAAGAAGACCAUUGUGCGUGGGAGUAUGAUCGGCCAUGGAGACUACAUCUCAGCCAUGAUCUCCGACAUGAGCAGGCUGUCCGUGACCAGCUCCAACUCCCUAAGGAAGAGCAGCCCUUCAGGCAGGAAGAGGGCCCAGUCCCUUGGCAGGCUGGGGGAGGUGAAGGAGGGGGACACCUACCAGUAUGAAGACCUGGGAGAGGAUGACAUGGAGCAGCAGUGGAGGGACAGGGCUCAUAACAUCCACAGUGAGAGUGGGAUGCCCCAAAUGGGCAUGAAGAAGAGCAUCACCCUGCAGCCCAAUGGGGAUCUUCCCAGGGCUAAGUCCACCUACGAGGUGAGUGUCAGCUCUCUGGAGGGACACCCGGUUCCAUCCCAGCCCAUACAGGUGCCUAUUAAAGGGGCUUAUAUCAGCUGUGAGGUGGGAAGUCCCACAGAGAGACUGAUGGUGAGGAGAGAUUUCCAGGUGCCGAGGGUUAUGCCACACAACCAGAGGCCCUUCUCAUGCUUCUACAACCCAGCCAUGGCUGUCCAGCAGCCCCAUCCUGACCAUGGGCGUCACCCCCCUCCGGAGUACCGCACCAACCUCUACAUCCACUCACAUAACAGCCCUAGCAGACCAUACUCCUCCUACGACCUGAAGGUGGUGAUCAUGAGGGACUACCAGCACAGGAACGUGGUGGAGAUGUUUAAGAGUGCCCUGGUGGAGGAGGAGCUCUGGGUCAUCAUGGAGUACAUAGAGGGUGGAGCACUAACCAACAUCGUGUCUGAGACCAGGCUGAGUGAGGAGCAGAUAGCCACAGUGUGUGAGGCUGUGCUGCAAGCCCUGGCCUACCUUCACUCCCAGGGAGUCAUCCACAGGGACAUCAAGAGUGACUCCAUACUGCUAACACUGGAUGGGAGGAUCAAGCUGUCAGACUUUGGGUUCUGUGCACAGAUCAGUAAGGACAUUCCCAAGAGGAAGUCUUUAGUAGGAACACCCUACUGGAUGGCUCCGGAGGUCAUCUCUAAAUCUCCAUACAGCACUGAGGUGGAUGUGUGGUCUCUGGGCAUCAUGGUAGUUGAGAUGGUGGAUGGAGAGCCCCCCUACUUCAGUGAGACCCCCGUUGCAGCCAUGAGAAGGCUGAGGGAUGAGCCAGCUCCCACCGUACGGAACACAACCCAGGUAUCCCCGGUGUUGAAAGACUUCCUGAACCGUAUGUUGACCCGGGACCCAGUGGAGAGGGCCAGCGCCACAGACCUGCUAGAACACCCCUUCCUCCUGCAGAGUGGCUCCCCGCAGUGCCUGGUGCCCCUGGUGGAGCAGUACCGCAAGCGCAUGUCUCACUGCUGAUCCCAUGGUGGACCCUGAUCCCUGAUUACUACUGUACCCACCCUGAGUGUGAUCUGCCCAGGUCCAACCCACCCAGCACCCACCCCAGUGUGGGAGCAGGACCAGAGAGCAGAUCCAGACCCAGAGAUCCUGGUGCUGUUACAGAGCUCAUGGCAUCAGGCCUGUAGGCUUGGUAAACAAUGACACAGCAUGGGCCUAGAGACCUACUGUAAGAAGCACUUUAGCAGUGAGUUGGUGUAGUGAAACAGUAGCAUGCAAACAAACAGUAUUCCUAACUCAUUUCAACAACGUCUGGUUCUACCUGUGAUAGACAACAUCCAAUGGGAUUCCUCCCGACACAACACCAAUCUAGCCUUGGUACAUUAUAUACAGACUUGAAAUCCAAGGGAACUGUAAACUGCAUUGUGAACUUUUACUGUAAUUGAGCAGUUUCCCAUUGUAGUCUUUGGAUAAUAGUGAAUUUUCAGCUUGUGCUAUAGACUCAAGUUAUGGUAGCUCAUGACUUGGAGAGAAGCUUGAUGUUACAUACCUCUACAACCAUAUGGGACACUGACUGAAGUUCACCUUGUCAGUAAACAAUUUGCAUGGCCAAAUGAAGGCAGACCUGGCCUGAUCAGAAUGUUUAAAACAUGCUACUAUGACAGACCUGCCGCCAGUAUCACCAUGACAAAUGUGUAGAUGAGGGGAUGUCUGUUCGAUUUUAUUGUGCUCAAGGAAUCAUGUUCCUUUUAAUAUUUAUUCUAUUUUGCUUUCCCGAAAAGUGUUGUGAAUGGUUUGUAACGUGAAAUUGCAAAUACAUUUUCAGUUUAGAAUAUCAACUUGAAAUGUAGCAGAUGAACAAAUAAUGUAAAUACAGCCUGUAUAUUAGGACUUACUUGCAGAGCCACUGUACUUACACUACCGCUCAAAAGUUUGGGGUCACUUAGAAAUGUCCUUGUUUUCCAUGAAAACAUACAUGAAAUGAGUUGCAAUAUGAAUAGGAAAUACAGUCAAGACGUUGACAAGGUUAUAA